AUGGGAGUCUUCACCCCACGGCCGCCGUCACACAAUGGGAAGGCCGGUGCUACUAUGCAUCUUGACGAACGAAAGGUGCAAGUACAACCAGGAAGCAAGAGCAAGGCAUGGUACUUUGACCAUGUACUUCCCGUCAUUCAUACUUUAGAGAACAUCAAGGUGCUUCCACUAUGCAGCCCCAUCGAGCCCAUCCAUGCUCCCCCUGUUGCUGCUCCAUGCCCUGCCCCCCCCCCCCCCAUGCCGCGGCUACUGGCUGCUGUUGGGCCUGCACGGCCUGGUACUUCUCCCACGGAUACUUCCACUGUCCAGGCUGUUAGCAGCACCUCAUGCCGGGGCGGAUGCGCUGCCGCUGCAGGACCCAGACCAGCCGGUGCCAGCUCCUCUCCUGCCCCCUACCUCUACCCUAGACAGCUCCAACGAGAGAUCCAUGUCAUCGGCUGCUCAGCGUCUCUCCCUUCCCAUCUCUCUUCCAUCAUCCUCUGCCUCUCGUACCUUACCUCCAAAUCUACUCUAUUACCUCUCGCCCUCCCUCAUCUUGUGUCUCUCUUCCUAAAUUACCCAGCAACUGCUCAGACAACAAUCCCUUUGUCUUUGCCUACCUCAACGUACCCCAUUAUCUACUUCUUCUUGUCCUCUUUGCAUCAUCACCUCUGGCCCUUGCGCCUUAUCGCCCUUGGCCCCCAUUCUGACAACGCUAAAUCUCCAUUCUGCUCUCCAAAGUACUCACCACAACCUUUCCCCCAUCAUCACUCUUCUACACUUUCCUCGCUCUCUUCAAGUCAGCAUAUCCCGUCUGAUCUUUCUGCUGUGCCUGUUUCUUCUUCUGUGCCAUCCUUAGCCUUCCCUGCCCUCUUCCCUGGGUACGAACGCAUCGACAAGUAUACACCGCUUUACUUGCUUGCCUGA